CUCCUUCAAGGACUCGGCCGCGAUCUUGUGGCACUCGCCGCUCGUCAUCCCGUUCGUGAGCUCGUGGGGAUUGCAGUUCGCCCACCACGUGAGCAGGAUGCUCUUUUCCUAUGUCACGAAGCAGCCGUUUCCGUGGUGGGGCUCAAUGCGGAUUUGCAGCAUCGUGGGUGCGGUGAACGCCAUUCGGUCAAACUCCAUGCCUCGGACGAAGGUCAUGUCCGCGACGAUCUACAUCUGCAAUCACGAAAGUGUCUGUGGGUGAUACCUACAACACACAUCAGCGGCUGUUUAGUCGCCGAGUGUUACGAGCAGUGAUGCUGUG